AUGCACACCACGCCCUGCAGGCGGUGUGCCAUACCCCGGGCAGCGCACCACACCUCUGUGGGCAGCGUGCCAUGCCCCCGGGACGCGCACCAGCCAUACCCUCGCCUGCUCUCUGCCACUGGCUCCCCCUGUCUCACGAGCCGGCCGAAGGAUGUCUUCUCACCCGCCGCGCGUGAGGCGAAGCGGCUCGCCGACCCGGCCACCCCUGGCGGCGGCGGCGGCGGCGGCGGGAGCCGCGGCUGUGGCGGCGGGAGCAGGCGGGCGCCUGCGCCAACAGCAGCCGCCUGCAGCCCAUGCGGCGACGGUGCCUUUCCAGCUCAAGCAGCACGGCAGCCCCCCGCGCCGCCAUUGCCGGGCUCGAGCCCUUCGCCUUGCUCCUCCCCGGUUUCGCCGCCUGUGCCCGAGAGCAGCGCCUGCUCGGCCGCCGCCGUGGUCUCUUCGUCGUCCUCCGGGGGAAGGAUCCGGCACCGGCAGAGGAGGAGGUCGCCCGAGCAAAGCAGGGCCUCUCCGGAGAGGAAGAGCCCGAGUUCGCCUGUUUGCAAAGUUGAUAAACCACGGCCACCUUCAUCAAGCCCUUCCAGUAUUGCUCGGCGUACCCCUUCACUAGACCUACUUGCUGCUCCAUAUCUUGCUGGACAAUGGCCUCGUGAGAAUCAUGGUCAAGCUGCACCGUGCAUGAGAGACAAAGACACAGGUAAGAGUUCAUAUAUACUAGGAAAAAACAUUUGCCAGGCAGGGUUUAGAAUCAUUUUUUUUUCUUUGUCCUUGUCUCAGACUGAAAGUGCUUGGGCUGAAGAAUACUUGGAAAAGAAGAAAGGCUCUCAUAAGCGAUCGGCAUCUUGGGGCAGCACAGACCAACUUAAAGAGGUUGAGAAACAUCUACGCCAGCAGCUGCAAAGAAGUAAACACAGCAGCAGGCAUCAUCGGGACAAAGAAAGACAAUCUCCAUUCCAUGGUAAUCAUGCAGCCAUUAACCAAUGCCAGCCACCUGUCCCAAAGAGUGUGCUAGUUCCUGUGAUACCAAUUGCCAAGUCAACAGGAUCACGCUUCCGUAACAGCAUAGAGGGGCUGAACCAGGAGAUCGUAAUUAUAAAGGAAGGAGAGAAAGAGGAACAACUUAUUCCACAAGAUAUUCCAGAUGGGCACCGAGCCCCACCACCUUUGGUGCAGCGAAGUAGCAGUACCCGCAGCAUUGACACGCAGACUCCUGGCGGCGCAGAGAAAGGCAGCAACAACAGCAGCAGAUCCCAGUCUGUGUCCCCAAGCUCAUUCCUGGCCAUUUCCAAUGAGGGCAGUGAGGAGAGCCCGUGCUCUGCUGAUGACCUACUUGUAGACCCCAGAGAUAAAGAGAACGGAAACAAUUCUCCUCUGCCCAAAUACGCCACCUCGCCAAAACCCAACAACAGCUAUAUGUUCAAGCGCGAACCUCCAGAGGGCUGUGAGAAGGUCAAAGUCUUUGAGGAUAGCUUGCCAAAGCCCUUGCAUGAAAUUCCGGCCUUUUACUGUCCUGACAAAAAUAAAGUAAACUUCAUUCCUAAAAGUGGCUCUGCUUUCUGCCUCGUCAGUAUCCUGAAGCCACUUCUUCCCACACAAGAUCUUACACUCAAGGGUGCUACUCAUAAUCUGACCGUCACGCCUGGUAUGACACCUGCAUUGCUGCAGCCUAUUGCCAUGGCCUCCAUCUCUGCAAAUGCAGUCCAAGAGCGGCUCCCUGGCGGAACAAACAAAAUUAUACCACAGAUGUCGGUGCUGCAGCAGUCGAGACAUGGUGAAGAAACUGAAGGAUAAACUUGGUUUUGUUAACUUUUAAGAGAACUUUAUCGAAGCUAGUUGUGAUUAUGCCUUCCAAAUCACAUCUGUUCGCAUCAUGAUUGCUGGCAAUUCCAUAAACAGGUCAUACUUGAUCUCCAUGACCAUGACAGUUAGGCUGGCAUGAGAUCUAGGAAAAGGAGUGGCAGAGAAACUGCUAUACUUGUCUUGGGAAGGCUCAAAUUAAAUCUCUGGCCUGCACUUUUUUAAAGCUUUGGUACAAUAAAGGGAGACAUACGUAACGCUUUACAAUUUGGGGAGACCAAUUUUUCUGAUGCAUUACCAAUCUUCGGUUUUGAAGAAGGAAACGUUCAAGACAUACCAGCUGUUCCUUGCCAAAGAUCUGCAAGGGAGAAACAAGCGAACGGCACUGUAAGAAGUAUUAGUUCGUACGAAUCUUGAGCUUUUUGAUGCAUCGCAGAAAGCAGGAUGAUCCCACUUUUCUUGCUACAUCGUUUCCACUCUUGGGACCAAAGGACUGAAUCUUCUCAGCAUUCUACGAUGUGACCAGCAUUCUGUGAUGUGACCACAUCCUCCUCCCACAUAAGCUUAAUCUCCUUCAAACCAAGAAGAGAAGCAAUAUUGGUACAUUACGUGCAUUUGGGUGGG